UUUAGGGUCGGCCGGAUUCUGAGAGCCACAGAAAGGACUCUGGACUCCGGGCGCUGAGCACACACUACUCCCUCACUCACACAGACUCACUCCUGCACUCUCUCUCUGUCUCUCUCGGUCCUGCUCCCUCUCUCCGGGUGUCGGUAUGUUCCGCUGUGGGAUCGCGUACCCGCGCUGCCGGUGGAUCCUCCCGCUGCUGCUGCUGUUCGCGCUGAUCUUCGACAUCAUCGCCAUCGCGGCGCAGUCCGGCUGGGUGGAGGACGAGAACGCCAAGUCCCAUUACGCCAGCAUGUGGGAGCAGUGCCGCGGCCGCAACGACAACUGGACCUGCUGGUCCCUGAUGGAGAACUCAUGGGCCCAGGCUGUAGCUGCGCUAAUGAUCAUUGGCCUAAUCAUCCUCAUCAUAGCCUUCAUCGUCUCCUGUGUCGCACUCUGCUGUACCCUCAACAUUCCCGUUCUGCCAGUUAUCGGAGUCCUCCUCAUCAUUGCCGUAAUCCUCCAGAUCAUCGCACUCAUUAUCUAUCCAGUGAAGUUCAAUGAGACCAUCUUUGAAGGCCACUAUGACUAUACCUGGGCAUACGGCUUCGGGUGGGGAGCCACCAUCCUCAUGAUGGGCUGUGGGAUCCUCUUCUGCUGCCUCCCCCGCUAUGAAGACCACCUCACUGGCCUGGAAAAGACCAAAUACAUCUACACUUCAUCCUAAACAUCUCACCCAGAUCAGACCGUUUGAGUGUUGCCUUCCCAAAAACAUCUUCCAAGGCUUUAUACUCUUGAAUAUAUAACAUUAUUUAAAGCUCCAGUCAGGAAAUUGUCACAGCAGGUGGCUGGUGAUCCACAUCGAGCAUUAAAUGUGUACAGUAUUAUAGACUUUUUAAGACCUACGUUUAAAGAUAUAUAUAUUGUUACUAUAUUAAAACACCAGCCUGUGCUUUAUUGGCAGCAGUUCCUGCUUGGGGGUUUAAUAGAUUAACUUUGGCACUGGAUGCUCUUUGUGUGUUUUUUUUCUAUGGGAGAAAAUGUCUAAAAAUAGCUAAACCUGCUGCCGUUUCAGUCCUAAGCAGCCAUAAAUGUGGUGCAAAUAAAAAAGACUGGUUUAAACUCUGUAGGUGUAGUCACCUCAGUAACUGACAGUGAUUCCAGACGUAAUAAUUUUAUAACUAAAUAACAUAACACUACUUCAUCACUUUGUUCGAAAAUAUUGGUAUACGCCUUUCUUUAUGGUUAAUAUCAUAUUAAUAUUGGCCUGCUAACUAUAACAUUAACACCGCUGGUGCCUUGUGUCCAAAGAUGCAUGUAUAUUUUUAGAAACCUGUCUACUGUAUCUCUGCACACUGUUAAGAUUCUAAUACUGGCCUCAACUCAUCCAAGGUCAUGAACACGGAUGGCGAUUCCUCCACUUAAAAUACAUCACCAAAGUGCUAUUUUUGUCUUCAAAUGCUGUAUAGAUUGUGUGUUUGGCGCAGACUGUUGUGAUUGAACUGAUGAAUGUGUUUUUCUGCUUUUUUUUUUUUUUUUAUACAUUAUUAGAAAACCUGUAUAUGGUUUUGCUGUUUUCAUUUUUUUAACAGUUUAAAUUGGGCAGUUCUUUACAUUGUGCCACAGUGUCAUAAAUGGACCAAUAGAAUUGCAGUGACUUGAAAUAAAAUCUUUACACUUUCCUCUUUCUUUGAAGUUGCCAUUUUACAGAUAUGACAUUUUGUGUGACAGCAAUGAUAUAAAGUGUAUAGAAAGAUUCUGUGUGAUAAAGAGAAAUUUGGAGGUUUUAGGGUUUCCCAUUUUUGUACCUGACUGUUCUUCUUUAUAUAAAUUACUAAAAAAAAAUUUUUUAUUGUUGAUCUUUUAAUGAUGCUGAAUAGUUCACUUUAAACAACAAAAUAAAGGGAAAGACUGUUUAAAAAAUAA